UUUAAUGCCACGUGCUUACAGCUCACCAGUCUUACCACAGCAUGUGCUGCAUGUGCAUUCCAUUCCAUCAGCUCCACGUUUGCUCGUUUACCGUUCGUGGUUGAUAUGUGUGAAUAAAUAUAGAUUUCUCUGAACAAUCUCUUAUAUUAUUUACCAUAUAAACGCCAGGAUGCAGGUCUCCGCUCCGAAUAAUAUAAAGAUUUACAAUCUUAGCGCUGGAAAAUCUCUCCCUGAGUGGCUGUCGGAACGAAAAAGAAGAAGUUUAUCGAAGAAGAAUGUCGACAUACGACGACGUAUCGAGCUUAUACAAGACUUCGACAUGCCUGGCUUAAGCUCAUCUAUUAGAGUUUCUAAAGACGAGCAGUACAUACUUGCGACAGGGAUCUAUAAGCCGCGCGUCAAGUGUUUCGACGUACAUAAUUUGGCGUUGAAAUUCGAGAGGUGUUUCGAUUCCGAAGUAGUGACUUUUGAAGUAAUAUCAGACGACUAUAGCAAGAUAAUAUUUCUGCAAUGCGAUCGCAACGUCGAGUUUCAUGCCGCUUACGGGAAGUAUUACAAGCUCAGAGUUCCGAACUUUGGAAGAGAUCUGAAGUAUCAUUAUCCGUCGUGCGACAUUUUUGUCGUGGGCGAUAGUAAUAAGAUAUACAGAAUAAAUCUUGAACGCGGUCAGUUCUUGCAACCGUUGGAAACGGAAGCGCCAUCGAUAAAUAAAUGCGAGGUGAAUCCGGUGCAUCAUUUGCUCACGGUCGGCACUCAGGAGGGCAGGAUUGAAGCUUGGGAUCCGAGAACGAGGAAUAGAGUGGGUGUACUCGAUUGUGCUCUGCACUGCGUCGCUCAAGACAAUUUGAAGACAGUUCCUGCGAUCACCGCCUUGAAAUUUCAAGGAGGGUUGAAUUUAGGAGUCGGCACGUCCACGGGACAUGUAUUGUUGUACGACAUAAGAUCCAACAAACCGUUUUUAACCAAGGACCAUAUGUACGGAUUACCGAUCAAGUGCAUAGACUUCCAUCAAAAGAUGGAUCUCGUUUACUCUAUGGACAGCGCUAUUGUAAAAAUAUGGGAGAGGGAUAGCGGUAAAGUUUACACGUCCAUAGAGGCACAGCACAACUUCAGCGAUUUGUCUGUCAUACCGAACAGCGGUAUGCUGCUGAUGGCUAACGAGACUCAGAAAAUGCAAAUAUAUUACGUUCCCAGUCUCGGGCCUGCCCCUUCUUGGUGCAGUUUCCUCGACAAUCUUACGGAGGAAUUGGAAGAGCUGAAUUACGAUAUCGUCUACGACGAUUACAAAUUUGUGACCGACAAGGAAUUGGACGAAUUAGGUCUUUCCCAUCUGAAGGGUACUAAUCUACUCAGGGCCUAUAUGCACGGCUAUUUCAUGGACAUGCGAUUGUACAGGAAAGCAAGAGACGUGAUGAAGCCGUUUGAAUUUGAAGAAUACAAGAGAAGGAGAAUUCGCGACAAAAUUAAAGAGCAGACCGUCAGCAGAGUACAGGUGCAAAAGUUGCCGAGUGUGAAUCAAGAGCUGGCAUUGAAACUAAUGGAGAAUGCAAAUAUUAAGAACAAGAAGAAACAAGCGUCUUCGAAUCUGCUAAACGACGAGCGGUUCAAAGCUCUCUUCACCAAUGCUGAUUUCCAAAUCGAUAAAGACUCUGAAGAGUAUGCUUUAUUGAAUCCUGUUGUUUCUCAACUUGGUAAAAGUAAAGCUAAAAAAUUAAAACAGCAGUUGGCGCAAGAAGAAGUAGCUAAAGAUAAACCUGAUGAGGCUGAGCCGAAAGGCAAUAGUUCAGAUGAAAGCUUCAUUCACGAUAGCUCUGACGACGAUAGCUCAGACGAUGAGAAACCAUGGGCUAAAGAAGUUCGAAAGAAUUAUCGGUUAAUGAAGAGAAAGGAAAGAGAGAAUGAACAGAAGAACGAGGACGACGAUGAUGAUUUGAUUACGAGAAAUGACUCGAGGAUGAACGAGACGAAACGUAAUGUGAUAUUCGAGGAAGGUGGACCGGAGAAGAAGAAACGGAACAAGGCAACAUUCGGUGAGAGACUGGACACUGAAGAGUCACAUAACGUUAAAGUAUCUGGUUCGCGCGGCAGUAGAGAAAUGACUUUUGUUAUUGGAAAGAAGAAACAUAGAGAAAUGAAACACCGUAGAACGGAAUACAACGUGUUACGACCCGCAGGAAACUUUUUAAGGAAAAAACGUUAAUUUACACGUUUACGAAUUUUAAUGUGUAAAAAUGUUAAUUUAUUAAUACUUUUGUAUUAUAAAACUGU